AGGUUUCACCCAGUGAGGGCGAACCCACAGCGGCUGGCUGUUAGCAGCAGAGAUGAUGAGAUACUGUGACCUGGUGUCACAGAUUUCACUGGUUCCAGAUUUCACUCCUCAUUCGUCCUCUCGUCUUCUAAAAGAAUCAGAAGCAGAAACCACCUAAAGGAGGCUGUGGCUGCCAGACAGGUGAAGCAACAGGUUUGAGUGGACAGCAGAGGCCCCACCAUGAGGUCCCCCUCAGUCUGGAGACACUGACAGCUUCCCUGACACCAAGCAGGGGUGCAGCUGGGGGCUAGCCAGCUAGCAUGCAGCACUGGGCUGGUGAGGCCAGGAUGUGGCGUUGCUCACAAGUGACCACUGUCUGCUGAGCUGACCAUGGAUGACUUCAAUACCAGGACCUAUGGUACCAGCGGCCUGGAUAACAGGCCUCUGUUCGGGGAGACCUCAGCUCGGGAUCGCAUCAUUAAUGGCGUGGUCGGGGGGUUUACUUCUUUGGUUGUCUUAGUGACAGUGAUUAGUUCAUUUGUGUUCCCCUUGUAUCCUCCACGACCACUUAAUGUUUUCUUUGCUGUCUGCAUCCUGAUAAUCUGUGGAUCCACCAUAGUGCUGAUAUUCUGGUACCGACAAGGGGACUUGGAGCCUAAAUUCAGGAAUCUGAUCUACUACAAACUGGUGUCCAUCGUGCUGCUGUGUUUAUGUGCCAACCUCUACUUCCAUGAAGUCAAGUAAAUACAGGGAGGGGUGACGACAAGAAGCAGGAAGAAGAAGGGAAGACAUGGACUUGACAGACAGAAACACGUGGCGGAAGAUGAAGAGACCAAAACUUGAAGGAUUCCCAUAGGGGACUCUUGGACCAAAACCAGUGACAUUAGAGGUUCCUGUGGAAUAAAAGCUGUGGUGCUAAAUCAUGCACACUCACAGCGUACCACAAGACUCGCCAGAGGACAAACCGGCGGGUUUACAUCCAUUUAAACAUCAAUAUCUACAGUUAUAUCCUCAAACACUUCAACUUAGACAACACAGUCAUGUGAUAUGGAACAAACAAUGCAACAGAUGAAGUAGAAGUUCUUCCUGGUACUUCAGGCACCGGCUGUGUGUUAAGUCAUAUAUUGAGGGUUGUUGACACAAUUCUCUUGCCUUCAAAUGGCUGAUUGAACUUUCUUUAUCUCUACAUGAUGAUAGAAAAGAUGCAACAAUAUGCUCUCGGCCAUAGUUACGAAUAUGUUAACCAGGACAAGCUGUGUCCCGUUUAGUUUGUUGUUCAAGACCAAAUGUGUGAGGACUGCGUCACACUCAUUCCAAAUGCUCCCGAAUAAAAUACCUGGGUUGCUUUGACGGAGCAAGGUGGGGGAUGAAAUAAUGUUCUUCAGCCAUGUAACUCAUGGAUGUGGACGUGUGUAAGGACACUGUCAUUCUCACGUUCUGAGCAUGUGAGCAUCAGAUGAAGCUGGAGGAAGGUGUGGGUUCCUCCUCCUCUCCCCUUCAGUACUGUAUCACAGACUGGCUGCCACAGCAAUAGAACAAGCAGCAGCAGUGUUCUCACACAUGCAACGCUUGUACGCUCUUUAUCUGCUUCUUCAGGUUGUUUGGUUUAAUUCAUCUUUCAAAUCAAUCUUCGCUAAGAAUAUCAUCUUUUACCAAAUUUGAUGUGAACGCAUCACACUCACUGCCAGUUCUUGCAUGAAUGCAUUCCAUUCUAGUCUAAGCCAUACAUGCUCACUUCCACUCAGGCCGGCUGUAGCACCAAUGAAACCCCAUCAGAGCUUUCUGUGCACAUGUUGACAUUACUGCUAUUGAAUGCAUUUAUUCUUGCUUUUUACAUCUCUGAGCUCGGCGUAUCUUCUCAAUUGCACAAAGUAGGUUAAAGGUAGCAUUAUUUUGUAAUCUUGUGACACUAUAAAUUAUGAAGUAUUGCGACAGGCUGAAAGAGAACGGCAAAGUUAAAGCACGAUUUUGCUUCCAGGAACUUUGUGAUGGUUUUCUGUACUGUUGUACUGAGAUUAUUUUUGGAGUUUGGUUGUCAAAAACAAUUUAGUGCUUGUCUGAGUUUAUUAGGAGAAAAUAAUUGGCUAUAAGUCUCAACUCAAGAGACUGGGGGAAAAAACAAGACUAAUGACAGUUUAAAUUCAAAGACAAUAUUGUUGGUUUUCUGUUAACAAAUGUCACAAACACCAAAAUUAGCCAAAUUGUAGCUUUAAACUUUAGCCAUGGCUUCAGCGCUGUUCAGACAACCUGCAGUGAAGGAGUGAACAUGUAGUAGCACAGAAGAAACUUCCACACGAACCAACCUCGCCACGACUUUAGGAUUGUCAAAGCCAUGCGUUUUUUAUGUAAUUUUAUGAAAUAAAUAAUUGUCUGUACAAAA